AUGUUUAAAAAGCUUAAGAAUGUACUAGAAACCCCAGAGAAAUCUGGCAAAAACUUGGAACUGUCGCCACUACCACAAUGCAAACAAGCAUCUCUUGAAAUGUUGGACAGCAACAUCAUGGAAACUCCUCUUAUUGGAAUAAAACUACCCAAAACCCUAAAACAUUGGAGGGAAGCAAAUACAUACUUCCAACUCCACAGAACGUCCUUACCAAAUGUAUCCGACAUCAACAAUUUCACCACCUCAUUCCAAUCACUGAUCUACAAUUAUUUUGCAUCCAACUACGGCACGGUAAAGCCACAAAAUUUAUCGAAAACACAACACCCCAAUAAAACAGUCAAAAACAUGAAGAAGGACCUAAAACAGUUAAAAUUACUUGGCCGCAACGACCACAGUUUCGACAUGAAAAUCAGCACAUUAAGCAAACAAAUAAGAACAAAACUGUUAUCAAUGAAAAAUGCAAAAACUGAGAAACAUGUCGACAUAACAAAACAACUGAAAGUCAAAUUCUGGUCAACAUGCAAAAAAUUGUUCAACCCAUCAAACAGCUUAACCCCAUCAUUCAGCAUCGACGACUGCAAGAAAUAUUUUUACAACAUACUCCACGACCCAUUUCACAACAAACACAUCAACAUCAACAAAAACAUCAACAUCAACAAACACAUCAACAACAAAAAACACAUCAACAAAAACAUCAGCAUCAACAAAAACAUCAGUAUCAACAAAAACAUCAGCAUCAACAAACACAUCAACAAACACAUCAACAUCAACAAACACAUCAACAAACACAUCAACAUCAUCAUCAAUAAACAUACCAACAUCAAUAUCAUCAUCAGUAUCAUCAUCAACGAACACAUCAACAUCAACAUCAUCAUCAACAAACACAAGGCGAAAAUUUUCCAUAAGGGAGGCAGAAGGAAUGAAAGAUGGGUGGAUGAACUGAUGGAACCGCACACGAAUAAAGGAAACUGCUAUCUUUGA